AAACUGAAUUCACUUCCGCUGCUGCCAGCUGAGGGAUAUCAACCGGUAGACAAUACUCUAUUUAUAGAACAAAUAUCAUUUAAGAGAUCGUGGGAAAAAAAUUUAAUAAAAUUUUCGAGAAUAACUCUAUCUAAAAUCUCCUGUUUUGUGGUCCGUAAAGGUACUGAGAAGGCUAGUUUAUCUAACGUUAAAUAGGUGAGUUAGCUGGCUUGCUAACUGCUCUCAACGAAAGAGAUGGGGACAAGAGCUAGUCGUUUACAAGAGGACCCAGUGCCUUCGACUUUCGGGAAAGAUGGCAUCACUCGGGAUUCCUAUCGACGACCCCGGUGCAAUAGGCCCACCAGUAUUAUGGUAGACUUUUUGGGGAGUUUUGACGAUUCAGAGACCAACCGUAGCCGAUCAGAGGAGGGCAGCGAUUCGGACAUGGGGCAACAGGCGAGCACCGGUGGAAGCCCCGUCGACCACAAGAGCCACCCGUCCAUCAGCCCAUCAUCACCAGCAGAAGACAACAGCGAAUGCAAACGAGAGGAAGACUGCAAUAGCAGUCCUGCGGAUGCUGUAAACGGGGAACAUCUGCCUGGAGAGGAGACAGGCCAAGUGCCUCACCGCACUUUCUCUGAACGUUUACCCGGUAAUCGACACUCUUCUGGGCGCAACGUCAGCGCAAGAUCCGCACGGAUGAGAGGCAUCCAUCAGCGCCCAGUGUCGGAGGCUUGGAUUGGCCUCUACCGUGUCAACAACCGACAUGGCAAUAUCCGCUGUCCGUUCUGCUCCAAGCCUUUCCCGGGUGGCAGAAUUGAGGAUCACCUGUUGAGCUGUCUCACAUCUCCCCCUCUCCCUUACAACAUGGACGUGCUGAGUAAGGACAGCGGUGAGUGCUCCAUCUGUCUGGACGAGCUGCAGCAGGGAGAGACCAUCGCCCGGCUGGCCUGCCUUUGUGUCUACCACAAGAGCUGUAUUGACUCCUGGGCGAAGGUGAAGACCUGCUGUCCUGAACACCCUUUUGAUUGACUCAUGGGUCACAUGUCCUGCUCAGUGACACACCUGACUCAGGAGACUGCAAUGUAUCUACAAUUGCAGAAAAUAUACUACGACAAUGAUUAAUACCAGAGGCAAGCCUCCUAAUAACAACACAACCCCACAAGGAUGCGACCAACAACCACUUUACCAUCUUGGACCUGGUUUAGUCCAUUUGAACUCAACGCAGACCACUAUAAUCACCCCUGGAAUAGAUGGCACCUUUCCUCUGUCAAUGUAGCCGAAACUAUAGCCAAAACUGCUGGAGGGGAUAUAUUAUCAUACCAGGUUGGCAGUACCCUGAAAGACCUUUGGAACUCAAGGAAAGGAAAAUGUGUUUCUGUGCUCCCUGCAUUCUUCUUACCCUAAUGUGGACUAUCCAUAUGAAAAGGUAAUGUUAUCUUUCCUGAUGCUGCAAAACAAUAUUGUGCAGAGAUUCACGUUACAGUGGAUAAAUGUUUCUGUUCAAAAAACAACAGCCCAGCUCCGGAAAAAAAUAAAUGAGUUGAUUAUGCGUAAAUAUUGCAAUGUAUUGUUUGUAAAAGCCAUAUGUUGGAACGCAGGGCUUUAUUUUGUGGGUGGGGUUGUUAUAGUGAUUGUAGGUGUUUUUCUGUUGUCACCAUGACACAUUUCAGGAGAAGGAUGGUGGGUGUGAGUUGAUUGAUAGUUUGGUCAGUUUAGGUCAGUUUGUUUGGUUGGUGCUGACACCACUGUAUUAGGUCCUUUACUGCAGCGGUAGCAGGUUGUUGAUAGUUCCAUACGGUUGUUUGUUUGUGUGUGUGUACACCGCCUGACUGGACCGCAGAAGUGAACUGCAGUCCUCUCACUGGCUGUAUACAUGAGAGGUGUGUGUGCUUAAUGCCCUGGGUGAAAGCGAUACUUUUAGGAACAAAGUAUCACAAUGAUUAAAACUAUCUGUGUGAUUAAAACAUUCUGCUACUUUGACAUGCCCUCCCUCUGUGAGACCCACCUCGCCUGUUGUGAUGAAGGCAUGUGGUGGUGUUUGUGGGUCUUCAUGUCCCCCUGCCUCUCUAGGGUGUUGUUCGGAUUGUUGGACCAGGCCCUGUGUGCUAGUCUGGCUAUCUGGCUCCCUGCAUUCAUGUCUGAAUGGGAGGGAUGAUGUAUUUAAUGGCAUGAUUACUCCAUAAGGCUGCCUUGCCUAUUCCAUGAUUCCUGUCGCUGGAAGCAAAGAACAGCUGAUGGGGUGAUUCUUAUAUUACCCCACCCCCCUUUCCCCAUAAGAGGAUUUAUAGACAUUCUAUUAUUCCAGUUAUUAUUAUUACUACUAAAUGUGCUAAGCAGAUACAUUUGCCUGUGUUUUGGUUGCCUUUGCCUGGUGAGAUUUGUCUGUCCAGGCUCCUCUGGUGUAGUGUACUCUGGGGAUCAGUGGUGAUGCUACAGUGAUGCUACCAGCAUGAGGAUCAGCCCUGUUCAGCAUUCCUAUUGGAUGAUAUCCCCGAGUUCUUGCCCCACAUCUUGCAUUCUGAAGUGAGGUGCUACGACCUUUCCUGACCCUAGAUGGCAGCCCGGUGCAUGUUACUCUUUCGUUCCCAAAAAAUAAGAACUAUUCCGCCAAAAGUAUGUAUGCAUGUCUGUGUACAUGAAACAGUGGUAGGGGAUGUGUGAAAAAGAGAGAAAUUGAUCAUUAGACAUAAAUGUUACAAUAUUUGUGGUGAUGAUGAAUAAUGAUGUGUACUUCUGAGGGAGCGGAGGGAGGGGUUGUCAGUGAAAAUAUGGACAAUCUGAAGCCCCAAAUGUUCCUUUACUUUACUACUCUUCCCUUUUAGCUGUGUGGUGCAAUACCUCCAUUUUUACAUAUGUUAUUACUCGGCAGCAUAGCUUUUCUCCAAGGACGAUAAUUGAUAUAUUCAAUGAUAAUGUUUUUAAGGUCACCAUGGUGAUAUCUGCAUCCCAAGAUAUGGACAAUCUGCCUUCUCUGGUAUAACAGAACAAUCCGUUUAUUUAUUAAAGUGUACAUAUGUAUUGCAAUUCAAAAUGGCUUGGUCUUUGUCUGUUCAUUAUACUGUUUCUAAGCUCCAAUCUUUUGUAUGUCUCAAAGUUGUUUUUAUAUGUAUUUUUUUACAAUAAAUAUACUUGUGUGAGC